CGCCACUGGUUUUCCAAUUUCCACGGUCCCGUGUUCUUUUUCUGUUUCCCUUCCUGGAGUCAUUUUCUCAUCUGAAGUCCUCUUUAUAAACCGAGCAAGUUUCUAGAGAUUUCUGUCUGGUUUUGAAGGUUUUAUUUCUUGAAGCUUCCUGAGUUAUUUCAAUGGGGAGGGUUGGAUUAUUCGAUCUUGAGAAGCAUUUUGCCUUCUAUGGUGCUUAUCAUAGCAACCCCAUGAAUGUAUUUUUACAUAUGAUAUUUGUUUGGCCUAUCGUGUUUUCAACUCUUGUUUUUCUGUACUUCACACCUCCCCUCUUCAAUCUCCCUAAGCUAGGAAUCUCUCCAUUUGGGUACAACGUUGACUUGGUUCUUAAUAUUGGUUUCUUUCUGGGUUUGGUCUCUGCUUUUUUCUAUAUCGCUUUCGAUAAGAAAGCUGGUUCUUUGGCUGCCCUUCUCUGCUUCUUUUGUUGGGUCUCUAGCAGUUAUGUUGCAGCUCGGCUUGGCUUUUCUCUGGCGUGGAAGGUAGUUCUGGCAUCUCAAUUGAUUUGUUGGACUGGACAGUUUAUAGGCCAUGGAGUCUUUGAGAAACGAGCACCAGCUCUUUUGGACAACCUGUUUCAAGCCUUUCUAAUGGCCCCUUUUUUUGUUCUACUGGAGGCUCUUCAGAUGUUCUGUGGUUAUGAACCAUAUCCUGGUUUUCAUGCAACAGUGCAAGCAAAGGUUGAUUCUGAAAUCAAAGAAUGGAAAGCGAAGAAUCAGAAGAAAAGCUCUUAGUUUGUGAAUGGGAUAAUAUGCAGUUAAUGCAAUUCGUAACAGUUGUUGAAGGAGCUUUCUGUAUGUAAGAGAUAACUUAUGAAAUCAAUAUACAAAUGUAAAAUUUGAUAAAGAGUUAAAAUGCUUGUAACUGCUUGGAGAACCGGUUUUCAACUUGGUCUGGAUUUCUUAUAAUGGUUCAUAUACAAUGGAAUCCAAAUUUUAAUGGUUACUUUGGAUAAAA